GUAAAUGUUUCCAUUAGGAAAAUUGCCAACUUGUUGAAGCCUGACAAAGACAUCAGUCAUGAUGGUGACCACAUAGUCAUCAAGACCCUCAGUACCUUUAAGAACUACAACAUGGAUUUCCAUGUUGGCAAGGAGUUUGAGGAGGAUCUGUCAGGGGUGGACGACAGAAAAUGCAUGGUGAGUUGACAAAAACAUUUCCAUCACACAUUCAGUUGUUUUUUAAAGGCUAUCAAAACGUAUUUCUGGAGACUAGAGUCAUGGAACAAGGGUUCAUUUUGAUGUUUGAUUUUGAUCAGUCAUAUUCCUUCUAGUUUGAGAUCCCAAAUGGCAGUCCUUAUGUGUGUUUAUCAAUAAUUGAUUGGGGUACCACUGCGACCACAAGGGGCCUUGAGUUAAGACUAAGGGGGAAGCAGUAGAUUGCUGCUUUAGAGGGAAUCGGCUGAGUAAAGCUGGAGAAGACACUGCGGUCCUUGAGAACACAUUGGCUUUUCACACUACUGAGCCAAACAGAGCAGAACCAAACCAAGCUGGCUUGGUUAGGCAUACACCAUAGUUGCUGGAACUGCUGAAAAGGACAAUGUGAAAACAAAAUAUCCAAGCUAUCACAGUACAGUUUGGGUCUGCCCUAUAGUGUGAAUCAGGCAAUAGAGGACAAGGUGAGAAGGUUAGUCAGGAGCUCUGAGAAACUUGUAUGAUAAAAAAUGUAUUCUGAUUAGAUUUUUUUCCUGGCACCUGAUUAUGAUCUGCAUAUUUUUCUCCCCAAAAAGAACAGCCCUUGUAAGCCUAUAGACUGAUUACUUUCCAAGCCCAUAAGCCAUUACCUUGUGCGCUGCUGCGAGUACCACCAGGGGAUGAAAUGACGUUCAAUAGUCUGUUAUUGGCCACUUGGCCAAAUAUAUAAUGUUGUAACUUACCAUUUGUGAGACUUUGCUAUGCCUAUAACUUUACUAUACCUUUAUGAUUAUUUAUACAGUUGAAUCCUAACUUGUUUGUUUCAUGAAAGAGCUGGUGUGUAUAAUAUAUGGUCAUUAUUGUAUAUAUACUGUAUAGUCAUAAUGACAUUAAGGAAAACUUGACCCCAAAACUAUCUUUUGGUAUUUGUUUCAUUAGUCCAUUGUUGAGAUAGUCCCAAAAUGUUUUGCUUGUCAGCAAUCAAGUUUUCAAGAUAUGUAACUUUCAAAAUACAGAAAUCAUCUACAAAUGCAUAAUACGGGGAUGAAUUCUGUAUUUUGAAAGUUACAUACAGUUGAAGUCGGAAGUUUACAUACACCUUAGCCAAAUACAUUUAAACUCAGUUUUUCACAAUUCCUGACAUUUAAUCCUAGUAAAAAUGCCCUGUUUUAGGUCAGUAAGGAUCACCACUUUAUUUUAAGAAUGUGAAAUGUCAGAAUAAUAGUAGAGAGAAUGAUUUAUUUCAGCUUUUAUUUCUUUCAUCACAUUCCCAGUGGGUCAGAAGUUUACAUACACUCAAUUAGUAUUUGGUAGCAUUGCCUUUAAAUUGUUUAACUUGGGUCAAACGUUUUGGGUAGGCUUCCACAAGCUUCCCACAAUAAGUUGGGUGAAUUUUGGCCCAUUCCUUCUGACAGAGCUGUUGUAACUGAGUCAGGUUUUUAGGCCUCCUUUCUCGCACACACUUUUUCAGUUCUGCCCACACAUUUUCUAUAGGAUUGAGGUCAAGGUUUGUGAUGGCCACUCCAAUACCUUGACUUUGUUGUCCUUAAGCCAUUUUGCCACGACUUUGGAAGUAUGCUUGGGGUCAUUGUCCAUUUGGAAGACCCAUUUGCGACCAAGCUUUAACUUCCUGACUGAUGUCUUGAGAUGUUGCUUCAAUAUAUCCACAUCAUUUUCCUUCCUCAUGAUGCCAUCUAUUUUGUGAAGUGCACCAGUCUUUCCUGCAGCAAGGCACCCCCACAGCAUGAUGCUGCCACCCCCGUGCUUCACGGUUGGGAUGGCGUUCUUCGGCUUGCAAGCAGCCCCCUUUUCCUCCAAACAUAACAAUGGUCAUUAUGGCCAAACAGUUCUAUUUUUGACCAGAGGACAUUUCUCCAAAAAGUACGAUAUUUGUCCCCAUGUGCAGUUGCAAACCGUAGUCUGGCUUUUUUAUGGCAGUUUUGUAGCAGUGGCUUCUUCCUUGCUGAGCGGCCUUUCAGGUUAUGUCGAUAUAGGACUCGUUUUACUGUGGAUAUAGAUACUUUUGUACCUGUUUCCUCCAGCAUCUUCACAAGGUCCUUUGCUGUUGUUCUGGGAUUGAUUUGCACUUUUCGCACCAAAGUACGUUCAUCUCUAGGAAACAGAACGCGUCUCCUUCCUGAGCAGUAUGACGGCUGCUUGGUCCCAUGGUGUUUAUACUUGCAUACUAUUGUUUGUACAGAUGAACGUGGUACCUUCAGGCGUUUGACAAUUGCUCCCAAGGAUGAACCAGACUUGUGGAGGUCUACAAUUCUUUCUGAGGUCUUGGCUGAUUUCUUUUGAUUUUCCCAUGAGGUCAAGCAAAGAGGCACUGAGUUUGAAAGUAUGCCUUGAAAUACAUCCACAGGUACACCUCCAAUGGACUCAAAUGAUGUCAAUUAUCAGAAGCUUCUAAAGCCAUGACAUCAUUCUCUGGAAUUUUGCAAGCUGUUUAAAGGCACAGUCAACUUAGUGUACGUAAACUUCUGACCCACUGGAAUUGUGAUACAGUGAAUUAUAAGUGAAAUAAUCUGUCUGUAAACAAUUGUUGGAAAAAUUACUUGUGUCAUGCACAAAGUAGAUGUCCUAACCGACCUGCCAAAACUAUAGUUUGUUAACAAGAAAUUUGUGGAGUGGUUGAAAAACAUGUUUUAAUAACUCCAACCUAAGUGUAUGUAAACUUCCGACUUCAACUGUACAGUAUCUUGAAAACUUGAUUGCUGACAAGCAAAACAUUUUGGGACUAUGUCAACAAUGGACUAAUGAAACAAAUACCAAAAGAUAGUUUUUGGGUCGUGUUUUCCUUUAACGCUAGGAGAAGGCUCCUUUGUUGGUAUGAAUAUGAACUGGCUUGAUGUGGUGUGCUGAUGGGUAGAGUAGUUCAUCUCAAAAUGGAUUACUCUCUGUAGAGUAGCUGGUGACUUCAUCAACAUGGGAGGAAGAUCUCAUUCAAGUCCUCUACCGUGUGUGUGUAGGUCAUGCUCCCAAUUGCUAAUUGACAGUAGAAUGCAUAAUGUAGUCUUUCCUCUCUUCCUGUAGACCACUAUCUCAUGGGAGGGGGACAAUCUGGUGUGUGUGCAGAAAGGAGAGAAAGAAGGCAAAGCCUGGACCCAUUGGGUGGAGGGAGGGAGA